AUGUACUCGACGGUCCUUAUUGUUGGCGCUGGCGAGAGCGGUCUCUGCAUGGGAGCCCAGCUCAAGAAACAGCUCAAUGUCGACGACUUUGUUAUCUACGAACGACAUGGCGAUAUAGGCGGUACUUGGUAUACGAACAAAUAUCCAGGUGUGGCCUGUGAUGUGCCGGCUUUAUGUUAUUCCUACUCAUUUUAUAGGCAUCCUGGAUGGUCGGCGUUCUACCCACAAGGCCCCGAACUUCACGCCUACUUUACAAAAUUUUGCGACGACAACGAUCUCCGUCGCCACUGUACCUUCAACACCGAAGUCGAAACCGCUGUCUACGACGAAUCAAGAAAAAUAUGGUCCGUGCGACUACGACGUCGUCCUGUCGCAGACUGGGAAUUAAAAACUGGGUCUCAAGAUAAAAAGUUACAUACCAUCGGAAACGUCGGUGAUACCUGGACUCACGAAUGUAAAAUAUUUAUCUCCGCGGUCGGUGGACUCGUUGAACCCAGUACCAUUGAUAUCAAGGGUAUGGAGGGUUACCAGGGGAAGAUAUUCCAUUCGGCUUAUUGGGAUCAUACCGUUGAUCUGGAAGGGAAGGAUGUCGUAUUGAUCGGUAACGGGUGUACAGCCGCUCAAAUCAUGCCCGCUAUAGAACCCCAGGUCAAAUCCGUCACUCAGAUAGUCCGUUCUUCGCAUUGGAUGCUUCCUCGUCCGAAAUUCCCGGGUAUAAGCCCAGACACCUACGAGACAUGGUCGCCCAGAAUAUUCCGCUACCUCCCGGGUUCGCAAACCAUCGCCCGGGCACUCGUAUUCACCAGCAUCGAAGCCGGUUGGCUAGCCUUCCGAAAUGGAAAACUAGGAGAACGCAUUCGAGCAGCGCAAGAGAAACAUAGUAUAGCUCAUGUCAAACGUAAUGCACCGGAGAAGUAUUGGAAUCUAUUGAUUCCAACUUUCCCAAUUGGUUUCAAAAGACGGAUUUAUGACGAUACCUACCUCCCGGCCUUAAAAUCCAACAAAGUAACAUUAACAAAGGACGAAGUCACCCAUCUAUCCGAAAACGCCAUUCAUACAGCAUCAGGGGCAGAAUACAAAGCGGACGUAGUAAUCAUGGCGACAGGUUACAAAACUAACGAGUGGAUAGCACCCCUUGACGUUGUCGGUAGGAAAGGCGAAACUUUAUCCCAACAUUGGGGGAAAAUGGGGGGUCCCGCAGCAUAUAACUCUACCGCUGUAUCUGGGUUUCCAAAUUUCUUUAUGAUCUUUGGACCCAACUCUGUAACCGGACAUACUAGCGUUAUUCUGGCGACGGAGAACAUGUGUCAAUAUGCUUUAAACAUUGCUAAGCCCGUGUUGAAGGGGGAUGCGAGUGAGGUGGAGAUCAAGCAAGGCGCCGAGGUGGAGUAUAGUAAAUGGGUUCAAGAGAAAAUGAAGGAUACAGUAUUUAAUACUACUGGGAAGAAGGACAAGACUUGGUAUGUAAGAGAUGACGGCUGGAACUCGACAACUUAUCCCCGUUCCCAAAUCCACUUCACCUACCGCACAUAUUUCCCCGUCUACAAGGACUGGAUGAUUAAGAAAACCAACCAAGGAAUCUGGAAGACUAGGGUUCGGAAGAUGCUAGUUAUAUUCCUAAUCUUUGGCUUCGGCGGAGCGAAUCUUUGGCUGAGGAAUAGAGGUUUGAGCUUUACGGAUAUUACGAAGAUCGGGGCUGUACUGCUGGCUGAUUCGUUGGACAAAUUGGCUGGAGUUUUGAGGGCGGGUAUCCAGUAG